AUGUAUAUCAUUUUAAUAUUCGCCGCUUUGCUUUUACCAAACGCGCACACAUGGGCCGCUCAACAAACUUACGCACUACGCGAUCCACGCAUUCGUCAGCUCGGUACCGCCCACGCCAAUCGUCAGCCGCUUGAUGUGAGCGCUGAACAAACGGCAACAUUUAAUGCCACAACACUUCUCAAGCAUCUACCAGCGUACGGUUUCAACGCGAAUAUCAACGAAAGAAGAUAUCAACCACAAUAUACGGCAACGCAACGUGCCACGCCGCCUGAAGUGGCCAAAUAUCGCAAUCUGGGUAAUUAUUUCCAAAUUAUACCGCCAAAUAGCGAACUAACGAUGUUGGCGCCACCUGCCGCUGAGACGAGAGAACGACGCGAGCAUAAGCCUCAGUUGGCGCACUUAAUACCUAUUAGCUUUAAUCAUCAUGUCUUCCAUUGGGUACGCGCUCCCCUGCCAGACACUCGUCCACGGCGCUAUACAAAUGUGAGUUCCAGUGUGGAGCGCCAACAAGAUGAGUUGCAAGAUCUGAAUGCAUUAGACUCUAAGGUGUUGGAAUCGCAGGCGGUAGCGUUUGAUUCAAAACCAGAUUUGGAGCUGGAGGAUAAUGUAAGAGAUGAGCAGAAUCAUUAUGAAGAAUAUCCUAAAUUAUUAAAGAAGACACAAUCUUUUCACGACAUCUAUCUACGCUACAAUCCACCACACCAAGUGAGUUUCGGACAUGUUGAAUUCAAACCGAAUAAGCACUUUGAAAAACGUUUCGAAUCUCUUAACGAAAACGAUGGCAAUCGUCAUCGCGGAGAGAUUAUAUGGGCUGAUGCGACGGGCGGUUACGGUGAACACCAUUGGGAUUUGACGCAAGGAAAACUGCGUUGAAUGGCGCCAAG